AUGUUUCUUUCGCCGAUCUCUCCCCGCCGCCUGCUCCCAUUGGCAGCCAGUCUGCUGCUACUCUGCAGUACGACCAUUUCGGCCAGUCCCCUGGUCAGUCGAUCUCCACAAGAACGUGUCUUCGAUUAUGUGAUCGUUGGCAGUGGUCCCGGUGGCUCGGUGGUAGCCAAUCGACUCACUGAGAUCGCCAAUGUAUCCGUUGCGAUCAUUGAGGCUGGGACAUGGGCUAGUGAUGUGACUGGCAAUCUCAGUCUUGUUCCUGGCUACGACGGCUACUUCCUGCAGAAGAGUGUCCAAUCCACCCCUACUGAGAUCGACUGGGGGUUCGUCACAACCCCACAGUCUUUGGGCGGAAGCACUAAUCUGAAUGCGAUGGCCUGGGGAGAGUCGUCCCGAGGAGCCUUCCAGAAAUGGGCCGACGAAGUGGGUGAUCAGUCUUUCACCUACGACAAGAUUGCCCAGUACUACAAGAAGCCUGUGCGAUUCAGUCCGUACCGAAGCGGCACCCGAUUUGCCAAUGCGACUCCCUCAUACGAUCUGGCCCAGGUAAGCGACAGCGGGACCCUGGACGUGACCUAUCCCGCCUAUGCGUACAGCUGGACCACGUGGUUGGCCGUCAUGCUGGACUCCGCAGGCAUGCCCGCGACGGACAGUUUCUUGGAUGGCUCCUUGAAUGGAUCGGCGUGGCACAUGUCCGCGGUCAACCAAGCCCACGGCACUAGAGCCUCUGCGGAUGUAGCGUAUCUGCGUCCCGCUGCAGGCCGGAGCAACCUUGCUAUCUUUGACAACACGCUGGCCGAGCGGAUCGUGUUCAGCAACGAAAAGGUAGCCACGGGGGUCCAGGUGAGCUCGAAGAAUUCCACGUUCACGCUGCAGGCGAGAAAGGAAGUCAUUGUUGCUGGUGGAGUGUUCCAAUCUCCUCAGCUGCUGCAAGUUUCCGGCGUUGGGCCCAAGGCCCUGCUACAGAAGUACGGCAUUCCCGUCGUGGCUGAUCGCCCGGGAGUCGGUCAGAAUAUGCAGGAUCAGAUCUUCGCGGAUAUCGUCCACCGAGUCAAUCUACCCACAGCGUCCACUCUGGGAAUCACCGAGGCCGACAUCGUAGCAUACCAAACGAAUGCCACCGGACCCUUAACCAACCCUGGCGGGGAGUUUGGUGGAUUUGAGAAAAUCCCUGCGGCUCUGCGCACGGGCUUAUCCAAUGCCACAGCCAAGACCCUCGCACAGUACCCUUCCGACUGGCCUGAAAUCCAAUACCUCGCCCUCCCCGAAUUCAUCGGUGACCUGGGCACCACCCCAGCCCCGAAUGACGGCUACAACUACGCAAGCCUAAUGGGGACGCUCAUGACGCCGACAUCCCGCGGGACGGUCACCAUCUCCUCGUCGAGCAUGCGCGACCCACCCCUCAUCAACCCGAACUGGAUGACUACGCAGGCUGACCUCGAGACCAUGGUCGCCAUCUUUAAGCGCAUGCGUCAAGUGUGGGCGAGCCCGGCAAUGCGAGAGAUCAUUAUUGGGGAAGAGUACUGGCCUGGUUCCAGUGUGCGGACCGACGAAGAGAUCAUUGCGUUUUUGAAACGGACGGCCACGCCCAUGUCGCAUGCUAUGUCCACCUGUAAGAUGGGGAAGAAGAGCGAUCCAUUGGCGGUUGUGGAUAGCCGUGGCAGGGUUAUUGGUGUGCAUCAUCUGCGCGUCACUGAUGGCUCUGCACUUCCCUUUUUGCCGCCAGACAUGCUGGCCGAAAAGCUUGCCGACGACAUCAAGAACGGUCAAUAG